CGGAAUACAACGGCAAAAGCACCGUGACCUAUCAGGUCCUUAGUGUUAUACUCGUAUUCACCGAUGACCUCCAUUCUAAGGAAACAACAAUUUCUAGUUUCGUAUCGAUGAUAAAGAAAGGGGAAAAUUAAUUCACCGAUCUUUCGUGGACAAGGUCAAUAGUUUACAAACAUGUUCCGAUUGACAAGCGAAAAGAUGCAUCGCCCGCGAUAAUAGGAUCGAUAUGAGUGUGGAGGAAUCUUCCGCCUUGUUGUGUCGUGAGAUUUUCAUAUCCUUAUUUUCCCUUGGACGAGGAUAAAGGCUCUUUUACAGCCUAAUCGUAACUCUUUCACGUUAUAAAUCAUUAAUAAAAGAACUCUUGCACUUCACUGUUCCGAAGGGCGGGAGGGGGGCCACAUUCGAAAACACCAAACAAUGCAGACCACGCAACGUAUCGCACAGAGUGGCUGUCGUUGCAAAAUGUCAGACACGCAGCAAUCCAUUUACUACAGAGUCCAUUGAACAAGAAGGAUACGUUAUCAUUUAUAUAUUUUAUCAUUUUAUAAAAUAAAAAUUUUUAUUCAUUCAAUAUGGAAGUACUCAAUGAUUGUGCUGCCUAUUUAAGUAAUUAUGAAGUUUUGGAUAUGCUUCAAAAUAUAAAAUCAAAUAAAAAACAAAAAAUGACUCAGAAUCAAUUAGCAACUAUUACUUAUCAGACAAUAAGGUAUUUGGAAGAUACUCCUUGUAAAAAACAAUCUCCAGAAAAAAUCAAAAAGUUCUUACAAUCAAUGGAACCUUUUAAUUUAACAAAAUGUGAAAAAUUAACUUUGUUAAAUGUUUGUCCCAAGACAGCUCUCGAAAUACAAUUGAUUGUAGAGGAUAGUGAAGACCGUUUAAGCAACGAAGAAGUAGAAUCAUUAUUGGAAACAAUUCAAAAUUGUUUGGGAGAACAAGAAGAUGAACAGGAAGCAGAAACGGGAUAGUAGUGAGAUAUUCAAUUUCUAAAAAAUGUCAUCUAUAGAAUCUUCAUCGAUCUAAAAGUAAAUAAAAGUAUAUAAAAAUAUAUAUUCUCUAUUCUAUGGGAAAAAAAAAAAAAAGAAAAACGAGAGAAAAAAAAAUUUAUAUAUAUAUAAUACCUGAGGCCAUUUUUCUGGAAUCACUUCAAAUAGAUCAUCUUUGACAUCACCUUGUAUAACAAUCUCAUCAUCCCCCGUUACACUUGAUCCACAAGCAAAUUUACUACCAAAGAAUUUUGCUGCAACCUUCAAAUCUAUGUCUGUAAGAUUAUGACAUAUUGAUAAAGAGAUAAUUAAACUUUUAUAUUUCUCAUAUGAUAAGAAUAACAUGAAUGACCAAAUGAAUUAAUUAUGAGAUAAUUUCUUUAACAAGUUAAGUAUAUUAAAAAGAUCACAUACAUUUAUAGAAGAAAAUACACAUUCCUAAAUUAUUAUAGUUGCAAAACAUAAAUAAAUUCCAGAUAUGACACUUACCGAAUGUACUAAGGCCAGUUACAACAGUUACCGAUUUUUUCUUUCCCCGUGGAGCUCUUGAUACAGUAACUAACUUAGGUACAUCCUCCUUUUUCUUUGUUUUAAGCAUUCCCUUACCACCACGUUUCUGUCUCUUCUUCUCAUCUUCUCCUCCACCAGACUCUGUAGUACCAUCCUCUACUGCUUGGCACAAAAAUGGCAAAGAUAUUACAUACACUGUACUAUAAAGUUUUAUUCAUUAGAAUAAAUAUACUUUAUAUAAAUUGUUACUAUGAAUUAUAUAUCGGUAUUUAUUAAUCCUUUAUCGAUUUAUUUACCUAGUUUAACUUUUUCGAAUUCGGUUGGUAAAUUUCUUUCUAACCAUUGUUUACAUUUUUCAUAUUCCGGGUA